GCCAUCGUCAUCAACGGCUCUGGCGAUUGUGAGAAAGAGGCUGUAUAUUUCUUUGUUCUGUGGCUGCUGCGCAUCUUUCGUAACAGACCGUCGGUUGAAGAGGGUGUCGGGUUCUCGAAGUUGUCAAAGAGAGAAUCUUCUAACUAACCUAACCGUCAGACGGCGUUGGGUGACGUAAACAUUACUGAGAUAACUUGGAGACUUAUUUUAAAGUGAAUCGAUACUUCUUCUUUGGAGUUAUUAUUGAUCUCCAUCCGCUCGUCCCGCGCGACAGGUGAUGUGACGGAUUCCUAGUUUGGGGGAGACCUUCACCUGGCUGAGCGCGCUGGGAAGGAAGGAUGCUGUAAAAGAGAGGCGGAGAGGAUUGCAGGAGACUAUAGAGACGAGAAGGAGUGGAUCAUCCAUUCGCCUGUGGAUUUGUGCUGUGUAGGCGAUCCCAUAACCAACUUUGUAUAAGCUACUAGGCUGUUUCUUAUUCAAGUACCCUAAAGACGUUAGUGGCAGAAUGCAGCAGCCAUCCACACAACAACCACCACAAACAACAACAGAUGUCAUGGACCCCACAGCUCAGUAUAUGAAGCGUCGGAGGACAGCGUUAUGGGUGACCAUCUCCCUGUUGUCUCUGUCUGUGGUGGUUCUGGUGGUGGGACUGGUCUCUGCCACCCGUACCGGGAACGUGGCUGUAGCUGGAUACUACCCUGGCAUCACCCUGAGUUUCGGAUCGUUCUUGGGGAUCGUUGGAAUUCAUUUGCUAGAGAAUCGCAGACCCAUGCUCAUGGCAGCCAUCAUCUUCAUCAGUAUGGGUGUCAUCGCUUCCUUCUUCUGUGCCAUCGUGGACGGAAUCAUCGCGGCUGAGUUCAUAGACAGGAGGCCGCUGCUGGAGGACAGGUGUGAGUUCUACGCCAGUGGAUCAGGGUACGCCUACGACAACUAUUAUACUAAGGUGAUGUGCAACUCCUUCAACAGUGAGUGUAAAGUGAGAGUGAAGAGCAACACCUGCUACUGCUGCGACCUGUUCAACUGUGAGAGUCCAGACUACCAUACCCAGUACUAUGAGUUCACUCUGUCUCCUCUCUGUCCCUCCAGUCCAGACUACCAUACCCAGUACUAUGAGUUCACUCUGUCUCCUCUCUGUCCCUCCAGUCCAGACUACCAUACCCAGUACUAUGAGUUCACUCUGUCUCCUCUCUGUCCCUCCAGUCCAGACUACCAUACCCAGUACUAUGAGUUCACUCUGUCUCCUCUCUGUCCCUCCAGUCCAGACUACCAUACCCAGUACUAUGAGUUCACUCUGUCUCCUCUCUGUCCCUCCAGUCCAGACUACCAUACCCAGUACUAUGAGUUCACUCUGUCUCCUCUCUGUCCCUCCAGUCCAGACUACCAUACCCAGUACUAUGAGUUCACUCUGUCUCCUCUCUGUCCCUCCAGUCCAGACUACCAUACCCAGUACUAUGAGUUCACUCUGUCUCCUCUCUGUCCCUCCAGUCCAGACUACCAUACCCAGUACUAUGAGUUCACUCUGUCUCCUCUCUGUCCCUCCAGUCCAGACUACCAUACCCAGUACUAUGAGUUCACUCUGUCUCCUCUCUGUCCCUCCAGUCCAGACUACCAUACCCAGUACUAUGAGUUCACUCUGUCUCCUCUCUGUCCCUCCAGUCCAGACUACCAUACCCAGUACUAUGAGUUCACGGGGGUGAGUAGCUGCUGGGAUGUGGUCCAUCUCUAUCGCCUGCUGUGGGCCUGUGUGACGCUCAACAUAAUGGGCCUGUUCCUGGGAAUCAUCACCGCUGCUAUACUGGGGGCUUACAAGGACCUGGCUCCUGCCCCCCAGAUGUCCCCCAGUCCAGCCCCACCCCCCCACAUCAUGUGUAACCCCACCCAGCACGUGGUGACCUAUGCUGGCUUCUGCCCCAACAGACAGGCCCUGCCCGCCUACCCCAACUACCCUGCUCUGCCCAUGCAGCACCACAGCAGUUACCAGGCCCCCUCCACCCCCCUGCCCGGCCUGGAGAUGACCAUGACCCCCUCCUCCCCGUCAGAGGAGAGCCAAAGCCAGCCCUCCUCCCAGGCCCCCAGCCAGCCCACCUCCCAGACUGGCCCCCAGGACCCUGGUCAGGGCUACAUGCUAACACCCAACGCCCCUGCACUCUACCCUGGCCCCGUCUACGGGCCCUCCGGCUUCGAGAAGCCCCCUCCUUAUGCAUGCUGAACGCCAACCCCCUCUGAACCCCGACCCAACAUUUAGCCUUUCACCUUUAGGGCAGGGUAAGAGAGGCUCAUGUUCAGAAACAACCCUUAGCCUCUGUCACCUGGUCAGCACAGACCUGAAUGAAUCAGCUGGCUGUGACAGCUUCCAUAUAUCCUUCCAAUUAAUCACAUGUGGCUUCCAUAUAACAAUAUCCUUCCAAUCAUUGCUUCUUAAUCCCAGCUAUCUGAUUCCUUCAGAUCUGCACACAACAACGUUAGGGAAUAAAAGGGGCUAGGAGACAAGGGACUAGGAGAGAUGGGGCUAGGGGGCAAGGGACUAGGAGACAUGGGGCUAGGAGACUAGGAGACAAGGGACUAGGAUAAGGGAUUAGGGCUUGUUUCUGGACUAGGCCAGAGAAUGUAGCGCAAGCAGGGUUGGGUAGGUUACUUUUAAAAUGUACCUGGAUUACUCAAACUCAGUAAGGUAAUCUGUUACUUUUACUGUUACAAUUAGAUUAGAGGCAUUAGAAGAAGAAACGCUGGCAAAUUACCAAUUGAACAACAUUUAUUGCAGGAUAAAUCAAUGGGAAGAGGUCUAGAAACAAUCCUUAGCCUCUCACCUGGUUAGCGGUUAGCGGUUAGCACAGACCUGAAGGAAUCAGAUGGAGUGACGGCUUCCAUAUACCCUUCCAGUCAUUGCUUCUUACCCAGCUAUCAGAUUCCUCCAGAUCUCCACACAACAACGAGCUAAGAAGUAGAAGGGACUAGGAAACUAGGGACUAGGAGAUAAGGGGCUAGGAGAAGGCGCUAGGGCGUGUUUUUGGACCAGGCCAGAGAAUGUAGCACAAGACACCUCACAGGCCGAUAAACCAUGACAGAGAGAAGGUCUCUGGAUUUUAAUAAUAAUAAUCUAUUAAUGUAGUGAUUGGUUUGAAGACGUUUUAAAUACCCUACUGGGUGGCCAAGAUGUUGGCAUGUUAUUCAUCAAUCUGUUAAUAGCAAUAUGGAAAUACUUAAAGCAUUGUUAUAAAAAACAUUGAUUGACCUAUUGUCUUUAUCGUGGAUGUCAUACAUAUUUACCUUUCAGACAGUUUCUGUCUAUAGACUUCCAGGCUGACUGUAGACAGUCUUUAUCUAACCAUCAUGUGCAAUUAUUCAACUGAACAAGUAGCUUUUAGAGUCUUCUAACUAUAUAGUGUAUAUAACAUAUGAUCUAAUAUACCACCAGACUAGUGAUCCCAGUAACUGAUAGACAUACUGCAUCUCCUAUAAUGGUUAUUGUCAGUCUUGUUUUAUCUUCAUAUAUAUA